CCCUCUUUCAUCAGGAUGUGUUGGGACAAGUGCUUUUUCAAGCCAGGAUAUCAGUGGAAGACACAGUGUUCCCUAAAAGCCAUCCAGUUCCCGGGGAGCAUCAGCAGCCGCGAUUCCUCUGCUUCGCACAGAAAAUACGGUCGAGCUUUUCUUUGCCUUCUGGUGGUUUUUUAUGGGUUUAGAAGCAAAAGGAUCCUCAGCGAGAGCUUUUUCAUGGUGAAAGGUGCAGCCCUUUUCUUACAGCAAGGAAACAGCUCCCAGGGCCAGCGAAGCCUCCAGCAUCCCCACAAACAUGCAGGUGACUUGCCCCAGCACCUCCAGGUGAUGAUCAACCUCCUGCGCUGCGAGGACAGGAUCAAACUGGCUGUGCGUUUGGAGAGCGUGUGGAGUGACCGCGUGCGCUACAUGGUGGUGGUGUACAGCAGCGGGCGGCAGGACACCGAGGAGAACAUCCUGCUGGGAGUGGACUUUUCCAGCAAGGAGAGUAAAAGCUGCACUAUAGGAAUGGUUCUUCGUCUGUGGAGUGAUACUAAAAUCCAUCUGGAUGGGGAUGGUGGCUUCAGCGUGAGCACUGCAGGGAGGAUGCACAUCUUCAAACCUGUAUCGGUGCAAGCCAUGUGGUCUGCUUUACAGAUCCUCCACAAAGCCUGUGAAGUUGCCAGGAGGUACAACUACUUCCCAGGGGGGGUGGCCUUGGUGUGGGCCACCUACUACGAGAGCUGCAUCAGCUCGGACCAGAGCUGCAUCAACGAGUGGAACGCGAUGCAGGACCUGGAGUCCACCCGCCCCGACUCCCCAGCCCUCUUUGUUGACAAGCCAACGGAAAGGGAACGAACAGAGCGGCUCAUUAAAGCCAAGCUCCGGAGUAUCAUGACCAGCAAAGACCUGGAAAAUGUGACUUCCAAGGAGAUCCGAAACGAGCUGGAGAAACACAUGAACUGCAACUUGAAGGAAUUCAAGGAAUUUAUAGACAAUGAAAUGCUGCUGAUCCUGGGUCAGAUGGACAAACCAUCCCUGAUUUUUGAUCAUUUGUACCUGGGCUCUGAGUGGAACGCUUCCAACCUGGAGGAGCUGCAGGGCUCGGGCAUUGACUACAUCCUGAACGUCACCCGGGAAAUCGACAACUUCUUCCCGGGCCUGUUCGCGUAUCACAACAUCCGCGUGUACGACGAGGAGACCACGGACCUGCUGGCACACUGGAACGAGGCUUAUCACUUCAUCAACAAGGCCAAGAAGAACCACUCCAAGUGCCUGGUGCACUGCAAGAUGGGCGUGAGCCGCUCCGCAUCCACCGUCAUCGCCUAUGCCAUGAAGGAAUUCGGCUGGUCCCUGGAAAAGGCCUACAACUACGUGAAGCAGAAGCGCAGCAUCGCGCGGCCCAACGCCGGCUUCAUGCGGCAGCUGCUGGAGUACGAGGGCAUUUUGGAUGCCAGCAAGCAGCGCCACAAUAAACUGUGGAAGCAGCAGGCAGAGAGCAACCUGCCCCAGAACACCGACGGCACCACGGGAUCGGGAGACUUCUUACUGGAGAGCUUGGACAUUGAUCUGGAAAACCGCCUGGCUGACCUGGACAUGCCUUCCCAGUCGGCCUACCUGGACAACCGCGCCGGCUCCGACGGCUCCGUGGGCUUCGAUUACUGCUUCCGCCGCCUCUCGGACACGCUGCUGGAGAACAAGAUUCCCGGGGACAGAGAGGGCUUCUUCCACAUGGAGCAGCAGCUGGAGCGCGAUGCCCUGGUGGGACAGCCUCCAUCUGCACCGUCCCAGGGGAGGCUGCUGGAGACAGGAAAGGCCCCAGAGAGAGCGGAGCUGCUGGCAGAGCUGGGCGGCUUCUGUGAGAAGGAGGCGAAGAAGAAACUGAACUUCAGCCCCAGGAAGGGAAGGAUGGUCCUUGGGGCACCGGGGGAGGACGGUGUCAGGGAGGAAAAUCCCAUGGAGAAGUGGAAGCGACGUUUGUCCAUGCACAAGGAGGAGAGCAGGCUCAAUAGGGAGAACUUGAAUAACAACAACAGCAAAAGGAGUUGCCCAGAGGAUUUUGAGCACGAUGCCGUGUUCGGGAUUCUCAGCAAGGUGAAGCCUUCCUACCAGUCCUGCACUGACUGCAUGUACUCCUCAGCGGGACUGUCCCCCGACUCCUUCGGGGAGCAGUGCGAGAGGCUCAGCGCCGGCGCCGCGCGGCGCAGCAGCACCAUCUGCACCCAGCCCCCCUUCCUGCCCCACCUGCACUCCCACCUGAUGGAGCACCUGCCCAGCAGGGCACACCCCGAGGAGCCACUCAGAACUAAACAUAACGAGGCUCCGCUUCCUCUGGCGCCAGGAGCCGGGACUCUGGAGGUUGGCACGUGCGGGUCACUCGAUCAGCACUGCGGCCUUUUGGAGAGAGGGAAAGAUGCGCCAAAAACCCCUGAAAAAACUCUGCUGCCCCGGAGAAACUCCCACUGUGACAGGAGCCUCCUUCAGGCAGAGGUGGUGCGGGAAGAGUCUCUGGCCAGGAAGGACCCCAGACCCACCAAGGACCUGAAGUACCUGUUGUUCAGCAAAGACUUGGAGAAGCCGAGCGCCAACAGUUACUUGAUGCAGCACCAGGAGUCUCUGCUCCAGCUGCAGAAAGCGGGAUUGGUCAGGAAGCACACCAAAGAGCUGGAGCGCCUCAAGAGCCUGCCCUCGGACGCCUCAGCGCUGCUCCGGGACAGCCCCCUGGGCAGGGUCAACUCCAGCAUCGUGGAGGAAAGCGAGGACUUGAUGUCCCACCCUGGCCUUGUGCCUCUCCUGGCACCGGCCCCGCUGGUGCCCGGAGACGCCGAGAAUGACGUAGAGAAGCUGGGGGUGAAGCGCGUCCUGGAGGGGAUCUCCCAGAAAAUCUCCACGCCGGCCGGGUGCCGUCUGGAGCACACGAGCAGCUUCACCAAGGACUUCCUGAAGACCAUCUGCUACACCCCCUCCUCUUCCCGCAGCUCCAACCUGACACGGAGCUCCAGCAGCGACAGCAUCCACAGCGUGCGGGGCAAGCCCGGGCUGGUGAAGCAGCGCACGCAGGAGAUCGAGACCAGGCUGCGCCUGGCCGGCCUCACCGUGUCCUCACCCCUGAAAAGGUCCAAUUCCCUCGCCAAGCUGGGGUGUCUGAACCUGUCCUCCGAGGAUUUGUCGAGUGACGUGGACGUGUCCACCAUCACAGACUCCAAGGAGGCCGUGUCCAGCGAGUGCUCCGUGCUCUGUGAGCCCCCCCUGAGGAGCGCGGAUGGCACCUCCAAACCGGGGCUGAAGCCUCUGGGUGGGAACUUGAAGAACAUGCUCUGGAUGGGCAAAAGUUGAUGCCUUGCAGGGGGAGGAGGGGGCUGGAUUUUGGGGGUUUGCAGCAUUUAUUCAUUGCCUCAGUGCUGUUUUAUCAUCUGACUUGCAGCAGCUCAUGUGGUGCCACCUCCUCAUCCCCUCCCUGUGCUCCGAGAGAGGAGGAGAGAACCACGAUGGGUCACGGUGAAGGGCACAAGGGAAAUAAAAUGUGUUGCAUGGCUUAGAGGAGGACUUGGUGUGUGACUUGCCUGUUGUCCUGCAGGAUGCUCUUCCUAGUACUGUUUGCCAAGUGUAAUAACGUGGAUUUGUGUGUGGUUAUGGAUAGAUAUUUGUAUCUCUAUCUAUCUAUAUCUGAAAUGCUGAAAUACUCUGUUUCAAAGACUCAAAAUAAUUAUUCAUGACUUUUUUUUUUUUUUUUACAGAACAAACACAAGUCUCUAUUUAAACAGGGCACUUGUGGAAAAUCCUUAAAAUGGUGACACGCACACUACCUCUGUUCUCGCUGGCUUUUCGUCCUGGUUUGCUGUUCGGGGCUUUUGUCCAAAAGGCUUUUCCCAGAAUUCUUGCUGUUGUUUGAAGGAAUUCCCUUAGCAUUAGCUGUAAAGGCCUGGAGCAGUGUGAGCACAGAGGCUUCCCCGGGCUGUGGCUGGGAGGUGACGGAGUGCUGAGCUGUGUCCGUGGGGAUGCUGUGCCCCGAUGUCACCCUGGCUGUGUGGCUGUCACAGGUGUUGUGUUCUUGGGGUGUUUUGCUGUCGUUGUGGUCGGUGUUGUCCCAGUGCUGACAGAGCCUGGCCAGUGGUUGCCUGUGGACCCUCGUGAUGUGAAGCUGUGUCAGUGUCGUGGAUGCUGUGCCAGGGACCCUCUGUCAUUGGGCUGUGAGUGACAGGAGGUGGCCGAGGAGGGGUGGCUCUCCUGGAGCCCCUUAGGUGACCGAGUCUCUUUUGUGGUUGUGCUGUCGGUUUUGUAGGACGGUCCUUGUGCCCUGGGUUUGCUGGCAGCCCGGGAGCUGCUGGAGGAAUCCUGGGUGUUAUUUAUGAUGGGUGUCAGGAGCCUGGGUGGCCCUGGAGCCGGGCUGGGCCUGUCCCAGACCUCACAGGGCUGUGAAAGCCCCAUGAAUCCUGCUCGGGGGAGCAGUUGGACGGAAGCACGGACACUCUCCAAGGAGAGGGAUGUUGGAGGGAAGGGGGGCAGCCGGGGGCUGUCCGUGCUCUCAGUCCAGUGUUACCCCUCCUGCCAGGGCUGCUGCUUGGAUCACAGCAGUGCACCCAUUCCAUAGGGAAUGCACUUUUCUGUGAGUAUUUUUGGCAACCAGCCUGGUCAAGAGCUGUUCCAUGUGAGCCCUCACGGAGUCCAGAGGGAAGAGCUUGGGAAGUGAGCAGGGCAUGUGCUCCAAACCUCGGUGCCCCCCGAUCCCAUCCGAGGCCAUGUGCCUUCAGGUGAUGUUUCGAAGCAGAUUCGGGGGAUCACACAGGUGGAUUUGCUCACCCUGGCUGUGAGUAUGCCCACAUUUUUAAAUCUCCAUGGAAAGGCUUUCUUGCAACUCCCCUCUUUGAGGUGGGACAGAGCCAGGCUGCAGCAGCUGCUCUGAACUGUUCUGAUUGAAAAUUCAGUGUCUCAAGGAAGGGAGCCGGUGUGUUUUCCUGCCCUAAAUGCCUGGAGUUCCCUUUUUCCCCUUAAGCAUAAGAUCCUGCAUGUUUCAUUUGUGUGAGGAACUGUAGGGACAGGCAAUCAGUGAAUAAUUGUCCCUCCUGAAAGAGUGUGAAUUUGAUUUGCACUUGUUCCACCCAGGAGAUCUGGUGUGGAGCAAAAGCUGCUCCGAGAGGGAAGUUGUGCUGGAGCCUCUGCUUAGUUGGGCUGAGGCAGUGCUGGGUCGUGCUCGGGGCAGGAUGAAUCCCCAUAAGCCACGGCCGGAUCCAUUCCCUGUGUUUGGAUCAUCUUUAUUCUCCUUCACACCCAGAUUCGGAUUUGGGAAGGGGCAGACGGGAGGCGCCGGGGCUGUUGGGUGCCGCGGGGUCGGAGCAGCACCUGGGAACCCUCCGUGUCCCCUGCCCGGGAGCCUCUGCCGCCCGCAGUGACCCCAGCACAAUUCCACCGUCACCCUCGGCUCUCCAGGGCCACCCACAGGUUAUUUUUCUGUGUGCUGCCGACCUUUCCCAUCGCUGCCUGGCUGAGGGAAGAGGUGCUGGGGACAGAUCUGAAUUAAUUCUGAAAAUUCUGUGAACUGAUACAAGCAAACAUCUGAUUUCCUUCCUCUUUCUCGAGUGCCUGCCGAGUUCUGGGGGUGUUCCGGGGCUCAGCUCGGCACCCUCCGCCUUCCCCCGCUGCUGCUCCCACCUGGCUCUGGCUGGAUCAGCCCCAGGCUUCGCUCGGGGCUCCCUCCCUGCGUGGUCGGGAUACAGACACGGCUUGGUGGGAGCUGCUCCGGAUGCUCCGCUGUGCCAUCCCCGGGGGUUUGUAGCCAAACCUGCCCCGUCCCGUCGGGUUUGUUGCAUGACAAGGUUGAUGUGCUCGUCCUCCCCACGUGUCGUACGUGUCCUUACGAUGGAGUGCCUUACUCAUAGUUUACAAACACUGUGUAUCUGCUGAGCUGUUGGACUCUGCUGUUUGCUGUUCUCUGGGGAGUUUUUGGUGCUUUUGGUGUUUCCGGUAGCAGUGAGAUCAUUUCUCCUCCUGUCCUGCCCUCCUGUCCCCGCCGAGCUCGGCACUGCUCACCUGCUACCGCUUCCCUCUGCUCUGGGCAUGGCAGAACCAAAGGGCUCCGUGACAGCCGAGGGUGCCGGUGGCUGCUCCCGGUGUCCCCAUUGAUCCCAUUGAUCCCAUUUAUCUAUGCAGCGCUGCCGGAACGCGGGCGGGGUGUGCAGGGACACAUCCCAUCACCGACCACGCUUUGCUCGGCAGAUCCAAACCCUGUCCCGUCCUGCCAGAAAUCCUGAAAUGCACAAACCGGCACCUUAUUCCCGGUCCGGGUGGUGUCGCUCCGUGGGGCAGCAGUGCCCGACUUCCCGGGGGCCCCUUCCCGUGCCGGGGGGGUUUGGCUCGGCCGUGUCACCGACUCCCGGCCGGAGCGGUGGGGACUGUCCCGGUCAGCCCCUGAGGAGGGGAUGAGUGACGUGUAGCUGUUCCUGUGCAUUGCUGUACUCCGUAACAACGUUCCUUUAUUCCAUGGUAUUUCUUAUCCCAGUUUUAUAUGGAAAUCUGCAGGAUUUUUGUACUGUACGCCCGCGGGAGGGAUGCAUCAUGCACUUUUUUUUUUUUUACUUUUGUUUGUAAAAGUGUCCUGGAUAUUUUAUGUGCUUCUUGUGAGGAAAAAAAAUAAACUUUUUUUUUUCCCUUUUA